AAGCGGUUUUGAACAUUGAACCGCUCCCCAUUUGCCAAAAAAACCCUAACAAUAAUAGUUUCCCCUCAUUUCUCACGCCUUCUUCUUCUUCUCUCCCCUUAUUUCUCACACCUUUCGCCUGUCUCCUCUCCUCUCUCCAUCUCCUUCUAUCUCUGCUCUCUCUUCUCCUCUCUCCAUCUCCUUCUCCUCUCUUUAUCUCCUUUCUUUUCUCUCUUCUCUUUUCAUCGGCCAAAACAACCACCGACAACCACCCCAUUAACAUAGCGAUCAACACCCCAUCAACACAGCGACCAACACUGAGCAACAUCGAGCAACAACGAGCACUACCAAGCAAUAACGAGCAACCCACCGAGCAACAACCACCGAGCAACAUCGAGCAACCCAUCAAGCAACAGCGGCACACCAACAACAACAACACCGACGACGCCCAUCGAGCACCACCAGCGUUUUCAUAUCUAAUUUUAAUUCAGAUGCGUUGGUGGCGUCAGAUGGGUGGUGGCUUCAGAUGUGUGGUGGUGGCUGAAUAGCAGAUGCGUGGUGGUGGCUUUAGUAGUAUUUUUUUUUUUGAAUUAUAAAUGUAAUUUUUUUUUGACAAAUUAUAAAUGUAAUAUUACAACAACUUAUUAAUGGAAAUAUAUAUUUUUAUACA